AUGCGGAGCCGCUUCCUCACCGCCGACUACUUCGCGCCGUCGCCCUCGGCCGCCUCCUCCUCCGACCUAGCCAUAGCGCUAGCAUCCCUGCCCUCCCUGCCCUCCCGGUCCCGACUCUUCCUCCCGAUCCCCACCUCCUCAACCCAUUCCCCUUCCCCGCCGAUUUCCUCCCCGACCCGAGUGUGGCCGGCGAGGAUCUCGACUCGCUCCCCUUCGACUCCGCGCUCACCGAAUUCCUCGCCGCCGUCGUCCCGCAGCCCCCUGCCUGUGCCGGAUAUCCCCGCUGCCGACGAGGGCUUGCUGGAUGAUUAUCUCUACGGUAGAGGUGUGUACGGGAACGGUUUUAGCUCGAUGGAUCCCGUUGCUUUCAGAAUCCCCAAGGCAAGUGAAGGACUGGACGAUAGCCACACAAAGGGCGAUAAGGAAGAGGGACUCAGUUUGGAGGCCUCAGCGGUUACCAAGCGAGGGGGCCUGUUGGAGGCCAUGUUUGAGGUUCCAGAGGUCGAUUUCCUGUUGGACUUCAUUGAUAUUGAUACUGAGACAAGAAUACCAUAUCCAGCUGAACUUGCAGAGUCAAUUUAUCAAGUAGAAGUCCCUGUAAAACAUGAUGAUGAUAUGAACUGUCCUUAUGCUAAAGAUAGCUCCUGCAUGGAAAUCACAGGACUAGAGAAUGGUCAGAUAAUACCCCAGUUGGAGGCUAGUAUGAUUUCUUGGGAGCUUGAUGAGUGCCCAGCAAAGACAGCGGUAUCCAAUAUUUUUCAUAAUAUUGUUGAACACUUAUAUGAUGGAGCACAAGUUCGUCUUCCAUCAUUUGGCUCAACUGAGUUCUUGAGAUCAUGUGAUAUGGACAUUUUUGCCUUGGUUUGCAAAGAUGCCCCACGUGUGGAGUAUCGAGCAGAUAAACCAAUUACAGCAAAGGAUGUAGCAGAAAUGGAUUUUGUGAGGAUCAAUCAUGAUAUUUUACUUGAUAAAAAGUCAGCAUUAUACCCUCUCAAACCUGAUGGGACCUGUUCAGAUUUUCCUUGCUCCAUUCUCUUGGAGGAAGUAGAGACUAUCAACUUUCCUUCUGAGGAUGCCUUUAAGACACUUGUUCAGUCAGUGAAAGCUGAGAUGAAUACAUCUGAGGUAAUAUUCAAAGAUGACUUUGAUCAAGCAAAAUCUUUCUAUGAAUCAGUGGUUAGCUCCGAAUGGGCUCUAGUUGAUGAUACCUUCAAAUCACUACCUACACCUAUUUUACCUGAUGAUAAAGCAAUGAGAUCUAUGCUUCCCCCUAUAGAAGUACUUUGCUCCCUAAAACCACUUCCUCUAUCUGCAGCAGAUGGGAUCUAUUUGGAUUGGCAUCUUUUAUCAGAAGGGCCAUGCAAUCAGGAGAGUUGCUCUACUUAUACGAGUAUGGUUGAGGAGGUAAAGCCUUGCAGUUUAAGUCCUGAAAUGCAAAUAAGUUGCCAGCAGAUGCCAGCGCUUGACAUUAGUUUUCUGGAGGAUUUUCCGAGAAGUGCAAAGCUUCAACAUGAGGACAAGAAGAAUGAGAUUUAUGUUCCUGGGCCUAUACCUCAUGAUCCAUCAGCCAAUUUGGAAACAACUCAGAAGAACAUGCUAGAAAGUGAUGUCAGAGGUCAUAGCCACAUGGAUAAAUUGAGUCCAGAAAAGGAAUCAUCAUUGUUUAAGUCAACGUCACAGUCCAAUGGGCUAAGCUUCUACUUAAAUGUGAGAAAUGACACUAAUAAAGUAAGUAAAAAUGAGGAUAUUUCUACCUUAGACAUCCCCUCUUCAAAGCAAGCAGCUCCUUUUUCAACCAGACCUAGAGUUAACAAACUCAUAGAAAUUCAUCCUGUCAACCUCUCAGAUCUUAUCCAAGGCCUUAUCAAAGACAUCCAUGUAAGUUAUACAUCUGCUUUGCAAGAAAGUGCAUACUUCAGGCAUUCUUUCUCCGAUGGGCAAGGUUUAAGCAUUUCAAAGCAAAAGCUUCUUGAACUGAUAACAGGGGAAGGUUCAGAAGGCUUGUAUAGCUACUGUAAAUAUGAAGAUAAGAUGGAGCUUAUUGUACUGUAUGCAUUAAAACAGGUUGCAUAUUACCUAUGUUUCUUUGGUCUGCAUGCUGCCUAUCUGUAUGUAGGCAAUUUGACUGGAACAUUUGAAAAUAUUCCUGAGAGGUUAAGAAAUAUUCAACGCUGCAUUGGUGAAGCUCGGUUGAAAGCUGAGAAGCAACUACUAGAGUCUCAUCCGUCAUUAUCUGUCAUUGAGAUAAUCCUUAGAUCUAAUACCCAAAUCGGCUGA